GUGGCAAAACCGAAGGCUAAGAAGGAGAAGUCUGCAGUUGCAGAAGGCCUUGACCUUGCCUCUAGUGGGAAAUGGCAGCAAACACAUCAGCAACUGGCAGAAGCACGCGGCAUUCCGUGGCCUUUGCAGACACCGCAUGAGCUGGAGAAGAAUCCAUGGUUCGAUACUCUGAGCUUACGUGAACGUGAGAACGUUCUGUUUCUGAUGAACGAGUCUGCAACCAACAGGGCGAUGGGCAGGGCGCCAUUGGUAUACGGUGAUCUUUACCAUUCGGCCAACAGGACGCCAAGUUCAGGUCAACAGGAAGUUCCAACAAUCUUGCCAUCGACAAAGUUGUGGCAUUUGGAGAGGGGACGCCUGUUGUUGGGACGUGAACUUCUUCACCUACAGGGCAUACGAUUCAAUGCGGAGACUAUGGACAAGUUGUCGGAGACACAAAUGACUGACCUUGCAGGGAACGCAUUCAGCUCAACAGUGUGCUUAUCCAUCCUCAUCGCGAUUUGCAUGGAGCUGAACUACAGAACCGAAUCUGAAAGCGAACAAGAGGGUGAAACAUCAGCUUUGUUGGAUCACUUAGCCCAAAAUUCGACGUAA